AUGCAGGUGCUAUCGCCCAGGUUCUUGGCCUCGUACGGGCGAGACAUCAUCAACAUUCACCACGGGCUGCUGCCCUCCUUCAAAGGCGCCAACCCCUACCUUCAGGCGUUCAAGGCGGGUGUGAAGCUGAUAGGAGCCACGAGCCACUUUGUCACGGACGAGCUUGACUGUGGGCCCAUCAUUGAACAACUGGUGGACCGGGUGUCACACAGGGAGGGCCUGGCGUCCUUUGCAGCCAAGAGCAAGAUCCUGGAGAAGCAGUGCUUGGCCGCGGCUGUCAAGUACUAUGCAGAGUACCGCAUUCUGCGCUACAGCCACAACAAGACCAUUGUGUUUGUCUGA